AUGACCAAUUUUUUAGAUGUUGUUUACCCGGGUAGUGGGGAUAUGGACCAUGACCAGCAUCAAGUCAUGGACCAAAACCAACCUAUCAACGAUAUACUUACAACAACCUUUCAACAUAUUAUCUCUAAGGACUAUUAUGGGGUUUCGUUUAGUGGAGGUUCUAGAGUUAUUGCUUUGGUCAAUGGAUUAGGUUCAACUCCUUUGAUUGAGGUGAUGAUCAUAGCUGGCAAAGCAACUUUAGUGUUAGAGAAAAAACAUGGAUUGACUUUAGACAUUCUCUAUGCUGGUUCCUUCAUGACCACUCUUGAAAAGAGUGGUUUCUCCAUUUCUAUUAUCCGAUCUGAUCCAUACAUUCUUCGGAGGAUUGUUUUCCGAACAAGUGCUCCUUCUUUGCCAUAUUUUGACAUUGAUUUUCGUUAUAAAGCUUCUUGUCCAGAAAUUAUACCGGAAUCCCCAUUGGUGAAUUUCUACAAGAAUCUAGAAGUUGUAGGAAAUCUCACCAAUGAAGGUCUUCGAAUGAAAUUAAUUGUGAACAAUGUUUGUACGGGUGCUAUUGAACUAAAGGAGCAGUUAGAUGAGUUUGAGAAGAUACUUGGGGAUGGUGAUAUAUGUGGCAGCAAUUUGUGCAGAGUGGCUCAAAUUGUGAAGAUGAGUUGGAACUGUGGUGUUGCUGCUUUGAAAAAGUACUAUAGAUUUGCAGUUGGUUGCAGAACAGCCCUCGAUGCCAUUCUUCCUACUGUGACGGUUCUCCAAGAGGAGUUGGUAUCUGGAUCUUAUCCUGAUAUUGUUUUCAGAAAAUAUGUGGACGCAGCAAUGAAGGGUGCAAAAUAUACCCAAUUUAUGCUAUCAAAGGUUGGGAUGAUUUCUCCUGAAAUUCAGAAGCUAACUCCAGAUCCUGGGGAUAUUUGCGUAGCUGAAUUGUACAACUCUAUUGUAGUGGCGGCUCUGGCACGUUCCUCUAGUGGUAAUGAUUCCUCUUAA